GAAUUUAUGGAGGGCAAAUUGCAUUGCUCUGAUUUACCUACAUCGCCCCUUCCAACUUCCCACCCCAGGAAUCGCAGGACGCCAGGGACAGUUCAAAACCCUAGCCUCCGCUCCGUCGUCUUGCGUAUGGCCACCGCGACCGUCCUGCGAUGCUCUACGUUUCGCCAAACCUGCCACAGGAGUGCCACCGUGGUUUCGGCGGCUCCAAUAGGUUCCCCCUUCAUCAGGUUCUUUAGGAAGCCAAUGAGUAAAUUAGUAGUGUGUAUGGCUUCAUCAACUUCAGGGAGUACAUAUGGGAGCAGUGAUGAAAACCCAUAUGAGGUUAUUGGUGUUAGUUCAAUAGAAGGAUUUGAUACCAUAAAGGUGGCAUAUACAAGAAAGCGCAAGGAUGCUGAGAAAAAGGGAGACGAAGCAUAUGUUGCCAAGUUAGAAAAAGCAUAUGAUAGGAUCAUGAUGUCACAAUUACAGAACAGGAAGCAAGGUUUGACAUUUGGAUCAUUUAAGGUGUCAAAGGAUAUCAAGUAUGCUGAUAAACAGCCCAUAGUACCAUGGGGACCAAGGUACUCCAAAUCUACUGUUAAGGAUAUGCGCAUCAAUAUAGCUAUCUCUGCAGUCUUUAGUAUCUGGGCGCUGAUCCAACAGAAUGCUGAAUGGAAACCAUUGCAAUUUCUAGCUUUUGUUUUCUUCUACAGAAUAUUUGAGAAGUUGAAAGGGUUUGAACCUACAGUAUCGCCCACACUAAAUGAAUAUGGCGAGGAUGAAGGUAAGGGACUGCGCAUGGGAAAACGGAUACUUCGUUCCCUCCUAUUGGUUUUUGGAUGUAUUGCCAUGUCAUCCUUGGGAUACACUGGACUUCUUAACCUCAUUGAGUUUUUCGGCCGUUCUAUUCCUUUGUUUAUCUAUAACAACCAGGAGUCAUUUGUUACCCUAACAACUGCGAUCACACUCUAUAUCAUGGCGUCAUACUAUCGUUGAUCCAUAGCUUUGUGCGUCUCCGGUUUUGAGGGGGAAACUUAUAAACGAUUGAAGAUGGCGACUUGCCAAGGAAAGAUAAUGAAUGGACGACCAUAUCCAUAAGAAAGAUUUCUUAUUGGAAUUCAUUAAAGUUCCUGUAAAAUGCAAUUAGUAGCACAUUAUUCAUCUGACAUUCCUAAUAGCAAAAGCAGUAUAAAAAGAGAUGCCCACGUAUAGCAAACACACAG